AUGAAGGUGUUUUUGGUAACAUUCCUAGCGGUUGUCGCUAUUGGCAAUGCAAAAUACGUUGGACUUCCCGAUGAUUACACUGUCUAUGGAUAUCUGACGAAAUAUGGAAUACCAGAAGCCGAAAGAAUCCGCAAGGCCGAAGAGGCUUAUCGGAACGAUCUCUCUAGAAUAGUCGGUGGCGUUCCCGCUGAAAUUGGACAAAUCCCAUACCAGGCUGGACUUAUUAGCGACAUUAUUGGCAUAUCCGGCAGAGGAGUGUGUGGUGGUUCCCUCAUCUCUAACAACAGAGUGCUGACUGCAGCUCACUGCUGGUUUGAUGGCAUCAAUCAAGCUUGGAGAUUCACCGUAGUACUUGGCACCGUUUUCUUAUUCAGUGGCGGUAUUGGAAUUGAAACCAGUGCUGUUGUCAACCACCCCAACUACUCCCCUAUUCUAAUUCGGAAUGAUAUCUCAGUAAUUUAUUUACCUGUUGCCGUUGUACCAUCAGCAACCAUCAGUCCUGUGUCCUUGCCUACUGGGUCUGAACUUCAGGAAGAUUUUGCUGGCGCAUCCGCUACUGCGUCUGGUUUUGGUUUAACUAGUGACGGUGGGAGCAUCUCCAAUAACCAGUACCUGAGUUUCGUCACCUUGAGCGUUGUGACGAAUUCCGCGUGCUCAUAUGCAUUCCCUUUGAUCAUUCAACCCAGCAACAUUUGCACCAGCGGUGUCGGUGGUCUUGGCACAUGUAACGGCGACUCCGGUGGUCCACUCGUUGUUGUUAGAAAUAAUAGGCACAUCUUGAUCGGUGUAACAUCCUUCGGAUCCGCUUUUGGUUGCCAAGCCAACCUGCCAGCCGCCUACGCUCGAGUUACGUCCUUCAUCGAUUUUAUCAACGAACAUCUCUGAACUGAUAUAUUAUAUCAAAUGAAGCCAAUUUACAAAAUGAAGUCGAUUGUAGUGAUUGUGUUAGUGGCCGUGACCAUUGCUUACUCGAAGACCAUUGAUGGUGGGAUUCCUGACGCUUAUGGAUAUCUCACUAAAGUAGGAAUCCCAUUAGGGGAGAAGAUCCGUAAAGCUGAAGAGGCGAUGCUUCGGGAUCCCUCCAGAAUCAUCAAUGGCGCACCAGCGGCGCUUGGGCAAAUCCCUUUUCAGGCCGGUCUCAUCAUUGACAUCGUUGGUGUUACAACAGGCAGAGGUGUGUGCGGAGGUUCCCUCGUAUCUGCCAACAGAGUAAUCACUGCUGCCCACUGCUGGUUCGACGGCAUCAACCAAGGCUGGAGAGUUACUGUUGUACUCGGUUCAGUGUUACUAUUCAGCGGUGGUACCAGGGUAGAGUCUGAACUCGUAGUUGCACACCCCAACUGGACCCCAGCUCUAAUUCGUAACGACGUAGGUGUUAUUUACCUGCCUUAUAGCGUCGCACUCUCAGACACAAUAAACACAAUCGCUUUGCCUUCUGGGGCGGAACUAGACGAAAACUUCGUUGGCGAGACUGCUGUGGCAUCAGGAUUUGGCAUAACUAGAGAUAACGGAAACAUCCCUGAAACGCAGAGCCUAAGCUACGUCAGUCUAGAAGUCAUAACAAAUACUGCCUGCUUUGUAGCCUUCCCCAUUAUCAUUCAGUCGAGUAAUAUCUGCACCAGCGGUACUAGUGGCAGCACUUGCAGCGGUGACUCUGGUGGUCCCCUCAUUGUUGAGAGCAACGGAAGACCUAUUCUGAUUGGUAUAACGUCAUUUGGGUCUGCUUUUGGCUGCGAGAUCGGUUUCCCGGCUGCUUUUGCAAGAGUCACUUCCUACGUGGACUUCUUCAACGAGAAUAUAGAAAACUAA